AUGUCAGAUUCCAACACAACCGACUUCACCAACCCCUCCACCUUCAUCCUGCUGGGCAUUCCUGGCCUGGAGGCAGCCCAUGUCUGGAUCUCCAUCCUCUUCUGCACCAUGUACGCCAUAGCCAUCUUGGGGAACUUCACCAUCCUGUUCAUUGUGAAGACAGAGCCGAGCCUCCAUGGGCCCAUGUACUAUUUCCUCUGCAUGUUGGCUGUCACUGACCUCAUCCUAACUACGUCAACCCUGCCCAAAAUGCUGAGCAUCUUCUGGUUCAAUUCCAGGGAGAUCGAUUUCAGUGCCUGCCUCACCCAGAUGUACUUUAUUCACUGCUUCUUAGAAAUGGAGUCUGGGAUCCUAGUAGCCAUGGCUUUGGAUCGCUACGUAGCCAUCUGCGACCCCCUGAGACAUUCCACCAUCCUGACAAACCCCGUUGUGGCCAAGAUUGGCCUGGCUGUGGUGCUGCGUGGUGGCAUGCUUGUACUGCCCUCUGUCCUCCUGGCAAGGCACUGGCCAUAUUGCAGAACCAACAUCAUCCCCCAGCCGUACUGCGCGCAUAUAGCCGUGGUGAAUCUGGCCUGCGCCGACAUCCGAGCCAGUAGUUAUUAUGGCCUCUUUGUGCUAUUCUGUGUGAGGGGUCUGGAUGUGAUUUUUAUCACCAUGUCCUAUAUCCAGAUCCUCAAGGCCAUCUUCAGCCUCCCCACAAAGGACGCCCGGCUCAAGACUUUUGGGACCUGCGUCUCCCACCUCUUUGUCAUUUUAAUCUUUUACAUCCCAGCGCUCUUCAUCUCCCUCAUGUACCGGUUUGGCCAGAAUGUGCCUGGGUAUUUCCAUGUUCUCAUUGCCAGUGUGUACCACUUGAUGCCCCCCACACUAAACCCUAUCAUCUAUGGGGUGAGGACCAAACAGAUUUGGGGCAGGCUGCUCCGGGUCUUUACUCAUGAAGGGGCCUAA